UACACAGGCAGGAGUGAGAGGCCCCUGUAGUCGCUGGCACUGGGAGCAUUGCAGCAUCAACGGUAAUGAUGACGCCCCUGUUUCUGCUCUGUGUGUCUUUACCACUCAUCUUGGCAACAAUAUCUGUUGAAGACCAUGAUGAUGUUGAUGGCUCAUUACAUGUCAGCAUUCCUGUGGGGACACCUUUUCGUCCUCUGCUUGGGGGAAAGGUGGUAGUGCCAUGUUACUUCCAGGAUAACACCAUCAAUGACCCUGGAGCCCCAACGAUUGCCCCGCUAUCCCACCGCAUCAAAUGGACCUAUCUCACCAAAAAUAAAGUCCACACGAUCUUAGUGGCAUCAGAGGGCAAAAUUGAUGUGCAACCAGAGUAUUUCGACAGAGUGAUGAUGAUUAGCUACCCGAUGGUGCCCACUGAUGCCACCAUGGAAAUCACAGAGCUCAGGUCCAAAGAUUCUGGCACCUACCGCUGUGAGGUGAUGCAUGGCAUCAAGGACAACUCCGAUUCUGUGGAAAUCCAGGUCCAGGGUAUUGUGUUCCACUAUCGUGCCAUCUCCACCCGUUACACCUUGACAUUUGAGAAGGCCAAAGCAGCUUGUAUCCAGAACAGUGCCACCAUCGCUACCCCAGCCCAGCUCCAGGCUGCGUAUGAUGAUGGAUACCACCAAUGUGAUGCUGGAUGGCUUUCUGAUCAGACAGUCAGGUACCCCAUCCAUAAGCCACGGGAACCCUGCUAUGGAGACAAGGAAAACUUUCCUGGUGUCAGGACCUAUGGAGUGAGAGACGUCAAUGAGACCUAUGACGUGUAUUGUUUUGCUGAGAAGCUGUCAGGCAGAGUCUUCUACUCUAUGUCUAUAAAGAAGUUUACCUUCUACGAGGCAGGAGAUCAGUGUACUAAACUUGGUGCCAGACUUGCCACUACAGGAGAGCUUUACCUUGCCUGGAAGAAUGGUAUGGAUGUGUGUAAUGCUGGCUGGCUGGCAGACCGCAGCGUACGCUACCCCAUCAACAUCGCCAGGCCUCAGUGUGGAGGGGGGCUCCUCGGAGUGAGAACAGUCUACCUGUUCCCCAACCAGACUGGAUACCCCUAUCCAGACUCUCGCUAUGAUGCCAUUUGCUUCCAAGCUGAUGAGGAUAUAGGCGCCGUGCCUGGGAGGACCACUCCUUUCCCAGACAUCAUCUCCAUCACACCUGCUGUUGAGGUGUUUUCGGGCAUCACCUCUUCACCUGGGGAUCACGAGGCCAAAACUGGAGAAGUAGAAACUCUCUCUCCAAUACCCGUACCACCAAGUGUGCCAGAUAUAGAUGCACCCAUGGCUCCCACCGGUGUUGUGUUUCACUAUCGACCCAUCACUGGUCGGUAUACUCUAACGUUUUUAGAGGCUCAGCAGGCUUGCCAGAACAUUGGGGCAGUCAUUGCCAGUCCACAGCAGCUUCAGGCGGCCUUUGAGAAAGGUCUGCAUCAAUGUGACGCCGGCUGGCUGCGCGAUCAAACUGUCCGGUAUCCAAUUGUGUCACCCAGAGAAAACUGUGCUGGUAAUCUGCCACACCUCCCGGGAGUCAGAUCCUAUGGUCUGAGACCAGCCAGUGAACUCUAUGAUGUGUACUGCUAUGUUGAACUUUUGACAGGUGUGGUCUUCUUCACCAGCGACUAUGACAGUUUCUCCUACGAGGAAGCUGUGCAGCACUGUGAGAACCUUAACACCACCCUGGCCACUCCCGGACAGCUCUAUGCUGCUUGGAAUCAAGGACUUGACAAGUGCAAUCCAGGCUGGCUCAUGGACCGCAGUGUCCGCUACCCUAUCACAACCCCCAGGUCUCACUGUGGAGGCAACCAGGUGGGAGUCCACACCAUCUACGCCUACCCCAACCAGACAGGCUUCCCUGAUGAGCACUCACGCUAUGAUGCCUACUGUUUCAGAGCUGAAGUUGCCGUUCAUGUUGACAAUGAAACCAGUGUAAAUCUGACCAUCGCGACAGAGGAUGUUAUCAACAAGACAAUAACUACCAUCGAUAGCACUGUUAUAACAACUGUAGACUACAAUGAAACUGAAGUCAGGUUAAACAUCACUGAUACCGACUUUAUCAAUGAGACAGUCAUCACACCUCAACGAGUUAUUCCUACAGUGAAAACCAUUCCGGUCCCAGUUGAUGUGCCAUGCUCUGGUUCAGCUGAUCAUUCAGCCAGUGGGGACAUCUCUGGGGAGUCUUGCACCUCCGCCACCAGUGGUGAUGCAUCUGGGUCGGGAGUGGACAUCAAGUUAAGUGGACACACUGAUAUCUUAUCUGGAGACCAGUCUGCUUCUGGAGGACCACAGGAGUUAGAAGUGGGAAAUAUUGUCAUCUCCACAUCAGGAGAUCUGGGUAGUGCAUCUAGAGAUCUGGGGAGUACAUCUGGAGAUGUAGGGAGUGCAGCUGGAGAUCUAGGGAGAACAUCUGGAGAUCUGGGGAGUACAUCUGGAGAUGUAGGGAGGACAUCUGGAGAUCUGGGAAGUGCAUCUGGAUAUCUUGGAAGUGUAUCUGGAUCUGGGGAAAGGUUUGACAGAGAACACUCUGGCUUCAUUAUAUCUGGAUCGGGUUUACCCAGUGGAAGUGGAGACAUCAGUGGUAGCAGUGGAGACCCAAUGAUAAUCAUGUUGGAUAGAAAGAUGGUGGAAGUUUCACAAACCCACCAAAAGGCCACUGAGCAGGAGCUCGGCCAGGCAGGAAUUGAUAUCAGUGUAUCAGGAUCAGGAGGCAUGUCUGCAUCAGGCUCCCAAGAGUUUUCAGGUCACAUUGACUUAACAGCCAUACCACCUCUAGAGUCUGGAUAUCCCAUUGGAUCAGGUGGCCUUUCUAGUGGGUUUCCCAGCGGUUUUCCAUCCUCCAGUGGCUCUGCCUCUGGACACCCUUUCCAGCAUCUUGUUGAUGUUAUCUAUGUACCAGGUGAUGAAAUGACAGAAAUUAUUGUACCGUCAGUGGUACAACAUCCUGAGCACGGCAGGGGUGUGGUGGAGAUAAGCGGGCAAGGAAGUGGUUCAGGGAUCCACUACAAAUUCAUUGACACUGUAGAUCCAAUUUUGCAACGUGUGGGAAGUGGAGCCACUUUGGCUGAGGAGGAGCAGCAGAGUUACCUCGAGUACGACCAAUCAGAACUUGAGGAAAAAGUCCAGGAGGGGCUCACAGCAAUUUAUGUAGUGACUCCAGAUGCAGACUACACCAGCCCAACCACAGUACCAUCUGUGUCAUUAAUCACUCCUGCUGUUGUGGAGGAGCCUGCAGUGGAGAAAGCUUCUGUAGACCCCUGUGAUCCAAACCUCUGUGGUUUAGGAUCCUGCUCUGUGCAAGGAGGGCUUGCUGUGUGUCAGUGUCCUAAUGGCUUCACUGGUGAAGGUUGCUCAACACCUGUGCAGGGCUGUCCUGACGGCUGGAUGGAGUUUAUGGGCAGCUGUUACCUCCACUUUGGAGACAGAGACACUUGGUCUGAAGCUGAGCAACGCUGUCAGGAACUCAAUGCCCACCUGGUCAGCAUCAGCUCCCAGGAAGAGCAGCAGUUUCUCAUCUCUAAUGGUGAGGACUACCAGUGGAUUGGACUAAGUGACAGAGAUGUGCAGAAUGAGUUCCGCUGGACAGAUGGGAGUCCCCUGACUUUUGAGAACUGGAGGCCCAACCAACCAGAUAACUACUUCAACUCUGAGGAGGAUUGUGUGGUGAUGAUCUGGCAUGAGGGUGGACAGUGGAAUGAUGUGCCCUGCAACUACGACCUUCCUUUUACCUGCAAGCUUGGACCUCUCAUGUGUGGCACUCCCCCGGAGGUGGAACAUGGCCGGCCAAUGGGCAGCAUCAGAGCAAGCUACCCUGUCAACUCUACAGUCCGCUACCAGUGUGACGCAGGCUACAAACAGCGCCACCUGCCUGUCAUACGCUGUAUGGCAGACGGGCAGUGGGACGAGCCACAAGUGAAAUGUACAGAAGGCGAUGCCAACAAUAACAGGCUAUACAAAAGAUCCCUCAGGAGAAGGAGUAAAGGAGCGAGCAGCCAGCAGGAGCAGAGGAAACUGCCCUGAGCAGCGCUGAAAGGACAUACAACAGAGAGCCACAAAGGACCCCUUUUGUAAAGAAGCAUGGACACCAAUGCAAAUGCCCGACCAAAAAAGAUAACAUUCCCUACCAUGGAUAUUCACAAAUUAAAGCAAAUUUAGACGGUGAUCGUGUAAUUAACUGAAGUUUUUGAACUUUGAGUCACUCUCCACCUACUUAAGGCACUUUUCUUUGUAUUUAUAACAUUUAAUUUAUAGCUAAUAUCUGGUAUUUUUAAAAAAUCUCAAUGCAUGAUUAUUUUCUGCAAUCAGCUGCCAGCACUACAGACACAGUAAGCUAGAUAAAACUGUUAUCAAGUGAUGAGAGGGUGAAGAGUUACGUGCGAAGUCCAAAACAGCCUGGUAAAUGUGUUGGCUCUCUGAAGUCAAAUUCAGUUACUAUAGACUAGGUAUUUUUCUAGAUCUGUUUCUUUUCUUUUCUUUUCUUAUUUUAUGGUCUUUGGCUCUAAGGACAGAAUCUGAGCGAUUCAGAGCGGUGAAACAAGCUGUGUCUUACAAUCUAGACCAACACAGCGGUUAUCAAAGCUUUUGGCUGUGACACCCAUAAAGGAUGCAGUAAAGCUGUUGAUUUGAAGUAAGGAGGCCUUGAGGCUGGAAAAAAAAAUUAUAUAUUUCCUUAAACAUUAGUGAAGUCAUGGCAACACAUUGGUACAAAGGAAACAGGGUCUUAAAUCCUGUAGCAAAGAUGUUUUCAAACCAGAAAAAAAAGCCCUACUUCAGUUGGUGAAAAACAUUCCAAGGUCAGGAUUAUCUCUUGUUUCAUUAUUUUCCCUAUUUAAAAAAAUCAUAUUCUUUCAUUUUUGUUUCACUUUAGUUUGACUAUAGUUUGCACUCGGUCGUCCACGUCCUACCUGCAGUGGUGCCAUAAUCUGAAAACUACUAUAAACCAUCUUUCAAGCCCUUAAAUCAUUUUGUCACAUCCUCAGCUUUGACAGCCACUGUGCUAAUUCUCCGCCACAGCAUCAGAUAAACCGACAUGAUUGCGCUGUUGUAUUUGAUAAUGAUGGGAGAGAGUUCUUGAUUAAAGUGCAACAAUCCUGGAUUGAAAUAGCCGGCACUCAUGCACUUUGGAGGUUUUUGGUCACUUCUUUUUGAAUCAUUUGAAUCCAGUGCACCUUAAAUUUAAAAAAAAUAAUAAAAAAAGAAACUCAAGACAAGCUCAUAACAUGUGGAAACUGGUAAUAAGUGUUUCAUGGCCGGCUUUCCUGCUGAAAGUUGCCCAGGACAGUGCACAACUCCACCUCAUAGUGUCACAAACAGCGCCACCUGCCAUCUGCUGGAGGAAAAGGUGCUCAUAUUGUUUUUAAGGUUGGGUACAUUUCUUAAAGGCAGUAUUUGGCCUAUUUUUUUUUUAAAUAUAUGUUUCUUACUGUAAAUAUUCUCAACAGAAUUCUCUGAACAGCAGGAUCUGUCAAUAACUUACAAAGAGCACACGAUUUAACUGUUUGAUUUAUUCAUCAUCGACUUAUUUGUCAAUUUGUUAGUUUAUUAACUUUUUUUGUGGAAGUUUCUGGCUGUGUGUCAUGUAACAGGGUAUUAUCAACAGAAAUGUGCUUCUUUAAAACUUGAGGAAUUAGAAGCAGUGGAAAUUAUGAAAAAAAAAAAAAAUGAUAUGAAGAGUUCAGUUUGGGGUGGAUGAGAAGAUUCUGAAAUGUUGACCAUGACCUGUUAAGGUCAAGAUUUGCUUCAGCUCUGAGAGGAGGCAGAUAUUUUAGAACAUAUCUGGCUGUUUACAGAUCACAAACACUGAAACUUCUCAGUCUCUCAUGGACACACACGCACACACACACACGCACGCACACACGCACACACACUAUUCAGCAAAGACCACAAAAUAUAAAAGUGGAUCAUGGGCCGCACAAGCUGCAUAACUUGCUUGAGCACAUAUUUGUAGUUUUUUUGUUUUGUUGUUUUUUUAAAGAAGCAAUUAUAAUUAAUCCAUUUGGAUGCUCCUAGUGUGUGCUGCAGUCUGUGCACAAUAUGCUCAAAGCACAACAUGAAGUGUGGGUCUGUUUCAAUGUUUGUGAAUUGCCGGUUCUUAAAAAAUAAAACAAAUUGAUCGCGGAGACAUCAUCGCUUCUGCUGUAACUUUGUUCAGAUCCCGACUCCUGAUGUGAACAUACAGUAUUCCAUAAUGUG